CUGUACUUCAAUCUUUUUAUAUAUUACUAAGUUUAUCUAAUAAAUAUAAAAUUUAAUUCUCAAUUAUAGUAAAUCCUUAAGAUAACUGAUUAAAUUUUGGUUUAUCGAGUAUUAUUUAUUGAAUACAAUACUUCGAGUUACCUUAUCGGUCAGAACGGUUCUUAUUAGUAAGAUGUUGUUAAGACAAUUAUUUACAAACUUGCAAUACGCCCUGAUGAUAGAAACAAUGGGCGAUGAUCAAUAUCUCAAGCUUGAUGACAUAGCCAAUUAUGAAAACAUUACUACCUUGGAGAUUGAACAUAUUAAUGCUACUGAUUCUAAUGUAGUGAACAGAUACUAUGCAAAUAUCAGUCGUGAUUUGUACCAAGAAUAUAUUGAGUUUUUGGGUGGUAUUAUGUCAGGUGAUCCAAGUAAGCGUAUUGAAUGUCUUAAAAGAGACGGAUGAAGCAACAUGAUAAGCGUAGUAUUACGGACUGUUGGAAUUUUUGCUUUAGUAAACAUGAUUGUGCUGUUGAUUGUACACACUGUGCCACUGAACCUAAUUUGUGUGAUUUACUAGUUGUUAUCUCUACUUUUGAUCUCUACAAUUGAACUUGUUAUUACAAUUGUGUAUAUAUAUUCUAUUAUGAAUCAUAUCCUCUUUCUUCUAAUUAAACCGUCAUUUUAUAUCCAGAGCUUUCUUUAGGGAAGGCUCAUGGCUUCUUCUAAUUUUCUUUGGGUUAUUCCUAUCUUACGAAUUUAUUCAGUUUUAAAUUGCAAGAC